AUGGCCGGACGUGGACGAGGCAAGGCGGCGACGCUCCCUGCAUGGAUGACCAACCCGACCAGCAGCGUUGCUGCUGCGGCCGCUGCUGCGAUCAAGCCUGUCGAAGCCGUCAAGGGCCAGUUCGACGACGCCGACAGCCGCCGUGGCCGCGACCAUGGGCACACCUCGUCGCGGGAUACUGCUCGCGACCAUGGGCACACCUCGUCGCGUGAUGCCCGUGAUGCCCGUGAUGCCCGUGAUGCACGCGAUGCACGCGACGAGCGCAGCGCAUCCAAGCCCGAGCACACUGACGAGCGCAGCAACCACUCGCGUGGCGAUGAGAGCCGCCACGCGCCGUCCGAGCGUUUGGAUCGGCGGCGCGACGAGUCGCGGUCGGACCGGUACGAAUCCUCGCGCUCGAGCCGCCACGAUGACCGCCGCCGCAGCCAGGAACGCAGCAGCCGCCACGACUCGCGCGACCGCCGGGACAGACGGAGCCGUGAACGUGGCUCCAGCCGCCGCGACUCGCGUGACCGUGGGUCCGACCGCAGCCGUGGCUAUGGCUCGACGUCGGACCGUGAUCGCGGCUACGGCGUCUCGUCGUCUGACCGUGAUCGUGGCUAUGGUGUCUCGUCCUCGGACCGUGAUCGCGGCUACGGCUCGACGUCGGACCGCGAUCGUGGCUACGGCGCGUCGGACGACCGCCGUCGCAGCCGUUCGCGCGACCGGCGCUAA